AUGUCGUUUAAUCUGACUGGAGUUCCACAGUGUGGCGUCUCCUGCCUCGUUUCCUCUCUUUCCACGUCUAGUUGUGCUCUGACCGAUUACACCUGCCUAUGCCUUGACCAAGUCUACAAUAACGCAGUGACGAACUGCGUUAUCCUAGGCUGUACGGUCAAAGAACAGUUAGUUGUCAAGCGGAUCACGGCGACGAACUGCAAUCUUCCAAUCAUCGAUCGCGGACCAAUCGUUACUAUACUCCAGAUAGUAGUCACAAUCAUUCAAGACAUUUUCUUCAUCAUACGAAUAGCGUCCAGGAUUCUAAAGCUGGCGCCAUGGGGACCAGAUGACACAACAAUCGUGAUUGCUUGGGUAUUGCAAAAUGUAUUUCUCGCAGGCGGUAUCAUCGCCAACCAGAAUGGACUCGGUAUAGAUAUUUGGUUCGUGCCUUUCAACCAAAUAACAAACUUUCUCCAGAUCUUUUUCGUCUUCGAGGUGUUAUACACGCUCACCAUCGGGAUUAUCAAAAUAUCGAUUUGCUUCCUGUUCCUCCGACUAUUUCCAGAGAGAAGGAUCCGGCGCUACCUCUGGGCAACCCAGCUCUUCAAUGUGACCGUGGUCGUGGUCUACGUGAUCGUUGACCUCGCGCAAUGUCAACCAAUGAGCUAUUUCUGGGACAUGUGGGAUGGGGAACAUGUUGGUCGCUGUAUUAAUAUUUACGCUAUGGCCUGGUCGCAUGCUAUCGUCAACAUAGCCCUCGAUCUCUGGAUGCUGGCGCUCCCUGCCAGCCAGGUCUGGGGUCUGAACAUGCCACUGAGGAGGAAAAUUGGUGUGAUGAUCAUGUUCGGGCUGGGUGUCUUUAUCACAGUGGUGAGCAGCAUCCGGCUUAGGAGCCUGAUCGGCUUCGCGCAGGCCUACCCACAAAACCCAACAAUGGACUUCUUUGGCGUAGCACUAUGGUCAGCCCUCGAACUAACCACGGGCGUAACCGUCGCGUGCCUCCCAGCAACAAGGCAGGUCGUGGUCAAAUACGUGCCGAUCCUGCCAGACAUCAUAUCGCGGUACACCUCCCGGCUCACCAGCACCCUGUCGUACGUGUCGGGAGGGACCAAGUCGGCAGGCAAGACCAGCGAGCUCGGCAAGUCCAGCACUGGCAAGUCCACGGACAUAUCGAGAGACAGGACGCUGCAGAGGAUACCGACCGAGGACGCGAUAACAAUGAAGGCGCUGCCGCCGGCGCCGCCACCGCCUCGCACGCCGCGGAGCCCAGGCGACACCCGGCCCUACUCCGUUGCCACGACGCCUUCGUCUAUCGCCGAUGGGUUCUCUCUUGGGGUUUUUGAAGGGGCGGCUGGGGACUCGACAGCGGAGGACUCGUCCGACGCCGGGAAUGAUCCGGAGCGGGGCGUGAGCCCGGGGGGACCUUUGGGGCCGAAUGCGACCCGGCCGUGGCGGCCGAUGUCUUACCCUCAGCCCAGGACGGAUCGACCACGCUGGCAGUAA